AUGGCGUCUGAUGAAAAUGAUCCUCUUUUGCAGGCUUUGAACGCGGAACAAAGUGGUGCCAAUGCAGGAGAUAAUAACGCUAACGAUUCCUCUGGAAAUCAAGAAACUUCUUCCAAUCAACAAUCUACAGAACCAACUGAUCCCGAGAGAGAAAGGGCACUUUUGAAAUUCAAAGACAAGUUGCUUGAGCAUAGGAAAUGGGACGCCAGGUUGAAAGACUUGCGAUUGGGGAUACGAGAUUUGGAGAAGGAUUACGAGAAAACCGAAAACGAUAUAAAGGCGUUGCAAUCUGUAGGCCAAAUUAUUGGGGAGGUCUUGAAGCAAUUGGACGAUGAAAGAUUUAUUGUUAAGGCUUCUAGUGGACCCCGUUACAUUGUUGGAUGUCGAAAUACUAUCAAGAAAUCAAACUUAAAAAACGGUGUUAGAGUGUCAUUGGAUAUGACGACACUCACGAUUAUGAGAAUAUUGCCUAGAGAAGUCGAUCCGUUGGUUUACAAUAUGACAACUUUUGAACCAGGUGAAAUUUCCUUCAAUGGUAUCGGUGGUUUGACGGACCAAGUGAGAGAGUUGCGUGAAGUUAUAGAAUUACCAUUGAAAAAUCCAGAGCUUUUUACGAGGGUUGGUAUCAAACCACCAAAGGGAGUUUUGUUAUAUGGUCCACCUGGUACUGGUAAGACUUUGUUAGCCAAGGCAGUGGCAGCAACAAUUGGAGCAAACUUUAUUUUUUCUCCGGCCUCGGGUAUCGUCGACAAGUAUAUUGGUGAAAGUGCCAGGUUGAUCAGGGAGAUGUUUGCUUAUGCCAAGGAACAUGAGCCUUGUAUCAUUUUCAUGGAUGAAAUUGAUGCUAUUGGUGGGCGUAGGUUCAGCGAAGGAACGUCAGCAGAUCGUGAAAUUCAACGUACAUUGAUGGAAUUGUUGAAUCAAAUGGAUGGUUUCGACACUUUGGGACAGACAAAAAUUAUCAUGGCUACAAACAGACCAGAUACACUUGACCCUGCAUUGCUCAGAGCUGGUAGAUUGGAUAGAAAGAUUGAAAUUCCUUUGCCCAAUGAAGCAGGUAGAUUGGAAAUAUUCAAAAUUCAUACGGCCCAGAUUGCCAAACACGGAGAGUUUGACUUCGAAGCAGCAGUUAAGAUGAGUGAUGGAUUCAACGGUGCUGAUAUUAGAAAUGUGGUUACAGAAGCUGGUUUUUUCGCAAUUAGAGACGACAGGGAAUAUAUCAUACAAAAUGACAUCAUGAAGGCGGUCAGAAAAGUGGCAGACAACAAGAAGUUGGAAGGUAAGCUAGAUUACGAGAAAUUAUAG